GGAAAUUUGCUUUCUACACCAAUGCAGCCACCUACUGAAGCAAUAAAAGUCACAGUCCAAACCAAAAUCAAUAACUGUUGCGUUUGAGUCGAAAGCUGGAAGUGAUUCUCAGUUAGGGUUCCAAGAAAUCAAGAAGAAGAAGAAGAAGAAGAUGUCGUAUCUGUUGCCUCACUUGCACUCCGGCUGGGCCGUCGAUCAAGCAAUCCUCGCCGAAGAAGAGCGUCUCGUCAUUAUCCGAUUUGGUCACGAUUGGGACGAAACCUGCAUGCAGAUGGACGAGGUGUUGGCCUCGGUGGCGGAGACGAUAAAGAACUUCGCGGUGAUAUACCUGGUGGACAUAACGGAGGUGCCGGAUUUCAACACCAUGUACGAGCUCUACGAUCCUUCGACGGUCAUGUUCUUCUUCAGGAACAAGCACAUCAUGAUCGAUCUCGGCACUGGAAACAACAACAAGAUCAAUUGGGCUCUCAAGGACAAGCAGGAGUUCAUUGACAUCGUCGAGACUGUUUACCGCGGCGCGAGGAAGGGUCGCGGUCUCGUCAUCGCUCCCAAAGAUUACUCCACCAAAUACCGCUACUGAUUCAUGCGGAUCUGUAAAGUACACGAGAAAGUAUGCAGAAAGCCUACAAUUAUAGCAACUAGAAGUCAAGUGGUAUUUGGUUCACAUCCCUGGAAUUUGAAAACCAAUUGAAACACAAUCCAAUUAUAAGCAAAAACUACAGGCUUGGUUCUGGAAAAUGGGGCACUACUUCAUGUUUAGCUUGCAAACUGGAACAAUAAACUUUCGAUCGAGUAAUUGACUUUUUCCUUCAAACACAAUCUACUUUUAUGUCACAGUAUUAAGGGUAGAUGACACCAGAAGUUGAUAAAUCUCUGCCCCCCUACUUGAAAAAUAGUGAAGGGCCUGAAAUGCAAUUCAUCUCCCAAUCACAUUUGUCAAUUUUGGGACCCUGUGAAUGCAAUUUAUAUAGCAGCUUUAUCUUAGUCUUGAAUGUCUGUGAAUUGUAUGCAACAGUACUUGCAGUUUUGUCUUAGUUUUCCACAAUAUCAAUUAUUUCUAUGGGCCUUGUCAAGAAUGAAAUCUUAGUAGAAUUAUCCUUCGGAAAUAACGAGGAUGAAUUGAGAUGGGAUUCCCAAUUCAUAUCAACUGAA